AUUAAAUGAAAAACUGGGACAAUUUACCACAAGUGAACCCAAAAUUUAUUAAUUUUAGUGAAUGAGAAAGUCAGUCAAUCUGACUUGGAAAACUGGUGCCAAAAUGAGCUAUUUCAUGUGAAGAAUUUCCAAAUUUCUUCAGUUUGUGAUUAUAGCUGUUAAGUCAGAUGUUGUGAUCAUAUUUUUCGAUGAGCGUUGGUAAACAAACGUCUAAAAAAAGAUUACUAGAGCUGCGUGUAAAAAGGAUGGAGAGAAAACAGAAUAAGGAAGAUGAGAAUUACGAGGAUGAAAACGAUAAAGAUAAAGAUGCUCAUCUCAUAUACCAGACAGUUUUACACCCAACUUCCUAGUAAACAACAGUCAUUCCUAUUUCAUCUCAUCUUUACCAUCAAUCUAGCCUCAAUGUUUAAACAUCGCUGCUCCACAAUCAAGGUCAAUGAACAGCGAGGAAACAAGUAGAUCUUCUAAACCAUCAUUGGCUUUGUAUCGGCCACCAAAUGCUAGAUCCAGACAUUUAUCAAGAGCAUCAACCCUUCAACACAUUCAAACAUCAUCAUCAUCUUCAACGAAAAAGUCCAAUCAAAUGCCUAUCAAAAGCUCUCUCAAAAGGUCUAAAAGUUUCGGGUCCACUGAUUGUAGUCAUGGAAUUUCUAAUCUGAUUGAUUUUAAUUUACCAACGGAACAUGUGGUCUUAAUCAAAAGAGCCUUGGAUAAUCCUAAUAAUUUAAUCACAACACAGCUGAUGGAGAUUGUCAGCAUAAUAUGUUCAAAAGCAAUGGAGACUUCAGUAAAUAGUUACCGAUUAGCAAAAAUAUGUAUUACCAUAGCUGAUAAGGACAAGAAUAAUCUAUUUCUAGAAGCUCUGAUCAACUGUUGCCGUGAAUGGUUCAACGAAAGGGACAAAUUAAUAAAAAUGUCGUCAAACUCAACACACCACCCUAAGCAAAGAUGGCUGGCUUACAUAGCUUUUGUAUCAGAACUAUACCUAAACCUGAAAUCCAAACAUCGUCGAGUUAAACUAUUGUUAUCAGGUGGUAAAGACUCCCCGCAAAUUAAUGAUGGCAAUCACUUUCUCGAUAUCUUACCGGAAGAAAACUCAGACGAUGAAGACAAUCAGGAAAGACAAGACACUACCGAUGAGAAAGAUAGAGAAGAACGAGAUGAUCAAUCGAAUUAUUUGUUUAAUUUGAGCUACAAGCAAUCACAAAGCCUUGCAAUGCUCUUGUAUGAUUGUUGUCAUGCAAUUUUAACUUCUCUUCCAACUUCAGGAUCAACAGCAAUCGAUAUCGAAUGUCUAUUGAAUGUCCUCAGGUCAGUUGGUCGUUUCAUCGAGGAAGAUAACGUUCAACGUAUGGAUAAAAUAAUGUUCCUCAUUAGAGAGACUUAUGUUGGACCUUUAGCCACCAAAUUAUCCACAAUGAGCCUCAAAUCUCUCCUUGAACUAAUUGAGUGUCGAUCAAGUCGAUGGCAAUUCAAUCAGGCUCAGCAGAUCUACUAUUUUCCUUACACCAAACCAUCUUAAAUGCAUUGAACAAAACAAAUACUCGAAUACGAUUUAAAAACGAAUCAAUUUGGAUGGCUCUUGAAGAAAUCGCUACUCACGAACGAACGAACAAACAAACAUUUAGAUUCGGUAAAAUUAAAUAAUGUUGAAACAACGAACCAUGUUACAGGGUAUAAAGAAAAUUCGUGGCGAGGGAAAAAAUGUUUCCCCAAGCGCACUAAACUGAUGUUGGUUUGUUUAUGGAUUGAAUAAAUGUUAAGAUUUUUUUGCGCAUCUUUGCAACCUCACCUAUCACACGGACUUUCUUUACACCCUGUAAUCUUUUUUAAUAACCAAUACAACCUGUUUAAACCUUGGAUAUUUGAAUUAAUUGUAAUUUAUUAAAACUUCAUAGAUUGACUUAUAA